UUCCCCAAUUCAAAAAUGCAAAAAGCUUCAUCCUACAUUACUUACAAGCUAACAAAAUUAUUAUUAUUAUUUAAAUCCAGAAGGAGUCGAAUUAAAUGAAUUAUUUUAUAAAUAUCAAUUUGAUCAACUAGGUUUAAUUGAUGAAGCUUUUAUUCUGAACGACGUGCGGCGGAAGUGGUUUUCUGGCCUCUGCUUAAGAGUGACGUUGACUUGACUGUGGUCCUUACGAGCAGCAGCAGCAGCAGCAGCGUGGGAUAAUUGGAUGAGAGGAUGCAGUGGGAGAGAGGGGUGAGUGAACAGCUGGGUGAUGGGAUUUAACAGAGACACCUGAUUUCACCACAAAUCAAACUACAGUCAGUGCGACAGAGUCCAGCGUCACACCUGAUGUGCACUGCUCGCUGCUUGACCCCCUUCUGUUUGCAUCGGUCCUCCUCCUCCUCCUCUGUGCAGAGGGCCCGCGGUGCUCUGCGCACACAGACAUCAUCCACCAGCGGCUACUCCGCUUUCACAUGUCGGGAGCUUCAUUUUCAAAACGACAGAUUCAUUUGAAUAUUAAGGAUCAUAAACGAGAGGAGAGAAGAAGGCGUCGUGCAGAACAAACGUCACUGUCGGAGGAUCAUCUAGCUCUCACAAGCCAGUCCUGUCCUUUGGAGUGAUGGCCGUGUUGUUAGUGCUUCUUCUCUCUGUGAUCCUCCUCUCCCUUCAAACUCCUGCUCGAGCGUCUCCUUCCUGCCCUGUGAGCUGUCGAUGCUACAGCCUCACUGUGGAGUGUGGCUCCACCGGCCUAAAGGACAUCCCCAAACACGUUCCUCCAUCUACACAGACCGUUUUCCUCCAGGAUAAUGUGAUUGGCCAGAUCCGUCGACAGGACCUCACUCUGCUGAGGCACCUGCACUACUUGUACCUUCAGAACAACACUAUUUCAGCGGUGGAGCCUGGCUCUUUCCAGAACCAGGCUCACUUGUUGGAGCUGGCUCUGAAUGGGAAUCGGAUCCACCUGGUGAAAGCAGACAUGUUUCAGGGACUUGAACAUCUCCGCAUUCUUUACCUAGCAGGAAAUGACAUCACACGCCUGCUCGACUACACCUUCCGUGGCUUACAGCGUCUGCAGGAGCUCCAUUUACAGCAUAACAGUAUAGAGAUGUUGGCAGACCAGGCUCUGGUUGGUCUGAGCUCUCUGGCUCUGCUGGACCUGAGCAGGAAUAAUCUUCACACUAUCGGCCCUGCAACUCUGCGGCCUCUGGUCAGCCUGCAGGUGCUGCGCAUCACAGACAACCCCUGGCGCUGUGACUGUGCUCUCCACUGGCUGAGAAGCUGGAUUGAUGAGGAGGGCCAGAGGCUGCUCAGCUCUGCAGAGCGUCGACUGGUCUGCACCGAGCCACCACGCCUCUCCCACCUUAGCCUGGUGGAGGUCCCCCUCAACAGCCUGGUAUGUAUCCCUCCACUGGUGCAGCUGGAGCCCAGGAGGCUAGCUGUGCGCCUGGGAGAGAGCCUCAGGGUGUCCUGCCAUGCCUCUGGAUACCCUCGGCCACAGGUGACCUGGAAGAAGGCAUCGCAGGGUAAAGUGGUGCUCUCUCCUCGCAGCCUGGUUCAGGAGCUGGGUGCUGGGGCAACCGGAGGAGGCAGAGCCGAGGAGCCUUCUGAGGAGGCAAGAGUCAGUCUUCAGAAGACUGAGGGCGAGCGCUUCGACCCCGACACCGGCAGUGGAAUGCUGUUUCUCAGUAAUGUGACCGUGGCUCACGCAGGUUUCUAUGAAUGUGAAGCCUGGAAUGCAGGGGGCGUGGCCAGGGUGACCUUUCAGCUUGCCAUCAACUCAUCUACUUCCUCUUCCUCUUCCUCCUCCAUCUGGGCAUCAUGGUCUCAGGUGUCCUCAGCCUACUCCCCAGCCUGGCCCAGGUUAAGGAGCCACGGUCCUGCUGUAGGCUCAGAUGUGAGCCGGGAGCCGCUGUACGCUCUGGGCAGCAUGGCCUUCAGCGCUUUGGGAGCCGCUACUCAGACUGCUAUAGCUGUGGGCAUCUCCCUGCUGUCACUGACCGCUCUGCUGCUGGUCGCCAUGAUUUACAGCCGACAUCACCAACGAGAUAAGGAAGCGGAGCAAGCUGAGAAGGAGGAGAGCAUCCUGUACGUGAACGACUACUCUGAUGGCCCCACCACCUUUGCCCAGCUGGAGGAGUACCGUGACGAGCGGGGCCAUGAGAUGUACGUUCUCAACAGGGCCAAGCCUGUGCUGCCUCCUGCUCCGCCCACAGCUGUGUCCACCACUAACCUCGGUUGCCCCGCUCCAUCUGACACCUCCAGCCACACCCUCUCCUCAGGGGUAGGCCAGACCAUGAGUCCCACUCUCGCCCCCAACAAACAGCAGCAGCAGGAAGGAGACAUACGGACCAUGAGGAGAAUGGCGGGAGAGGGAGGGGAGGCGGAGCCUGUGAUCACUUCAGAAGCUGAAGGGAUGUUUCUCAAUCACACAGGCCUGUUCAUGGACUCUCAGAUUGCUUAUGAAAUCCACUGCUGAAAAGGGGAGGGAAUCCACUGCAACACAGAUUGUUUGUGUAAGACAGUAUCUACCAAAGGAAAGUCAGGGUACCGCUUUA